AUGAAUUGCUCAAUACUUGUUUGGAACUGCCAGGGAGCAGCAUCUAAAAAAUUUCAUAUUGUUCUGAAAUCUCUUCUCAAAGGUUUCAAGCCAGAAGUUAUAGCACUAUUGGAACCUCGCAUUUCGGGGAUCUUAGCAAAUUGUGUUAUUAAGAAAACUGGUUACCCCAACUCCCACAGAGUGGAGGCAGUGGGCUUUUCAGGAGGAAUUUGGAUCCUUUGGUCUAGCAAAGUUAAGGUAAGGAUCCUGCAAAAUCACAAACAAUUCAUCCAUACUCUUGUCUGUGAUGAUGCAAGUACAUCAAAAUUCCUAUUCACAGCAAUUUAUGGGAGCCCCAAUCCAUCCCUUAGGGAGCAUCUUUGGAAGGAGCUCGGUAAACUCCAAGGUGGAAGGGAUGCAUGGUUGUUAGCAGGCGACUAUAAUGCCACUAUCACGAACGAUGAACGUAAAGGUGGAGCCACUCGAAACCCAAUAGGAAGCAAAGCCUUCAGGAGCUUUAUUGCUCAUGCUGGACUCCUUGACUUGGGUUAUACAGGCCCAAAAUAUACUUGGAAGAGAGGGAAUCUACUAGUCAGAUUAGACCGGGCCUUAUGCAACCAGCAAUGGCUAGAAUCCCAUCCCAAUACAGAAGUCAUGCAUUUGCCAAUGAUCCAAAGCGAUCAUAGGCCUAUCCUCAUCCAACUAAAGGGAGAACAACAAGUCACAAAGCCACCAUUCCGAUUUUUUGCACCGCGGAUCUCACACCCGGACUUCAAGGACCUAGUAACCUUAACCUGGACUGAAGGGAGAAGUCUAGUUGAAAACAUUGAGCACUUCACUCUUGUGGUCCAAGACUGGAACCAUAAUACUUUUGGAAUUAUAGGUCGGAAUAAAAGAACUCUGCACAGGAGAAUUAAUGGUGUCCAAAAGGCACUUGAAAGGAACCCCUUCAACUCCUACCUGCUCGAGAUAGAGCGAGCACUCCUGGAUGACUACGAGAAUGUUUGUAUGCAGGAAGAGAUCCUAUGGCUCCAAAAAUCCCGUAGCCAGUGGAUCUGUGAUGGAGAUAGGAAUACUCAUUAUUAUCAUACCAAAGCGUUAAUUCGGCGCAGACAAAACAGAAUCUCUAUGCUAAAAGACAAUGAUGGGAGAUGGGUAUCUGAUCAGCACCAACUGAAGUCUAUGGCGACUAACUACUUCAAACAACUAUAUACACUUGAGGACGGCCAAUUUGUGCCCUACCCAUGUUCAGGUCAGUUUCCCCCACUUAUUGAUUCUUUGUCAAUCCUGCUUGAUGGCCCUAUUUCAAAAGAGGAAACUAAAAAAGCGCUUUUUGACAUGGCCCCUCUGAAAUCGCCGGGAGUGGACGGACUGCACGCCAUCUUCUUCCAAUCUUAA